UUCAAAUUUGCCAUGUUGUUGUUGUAAAAUCAUGGACAGGCGAAAUUUGUGCACAAUUAACUGUCGUGCUCGGAAUUAGCGCAACAUUAAUAGCUUAACCGGAGCCAGUCCGACCCUGCUGACAAAGCUUACUCAUCACAUUUCUGACAGUUAACCCCCAAACUUGCCACCUGUCAAACUAACCAAAUUUUCGUACUAAAUUGCAGAUGAAUCACAACACGAUGAAUUCGAUUUCUUUGUAGCACACACUCGUACAUUCUAGAACCCCACUUUCUAUUUAAAUACCAAAUCGCAAGUGUCAAGCACCAGUCACAAUCACAUUCCACAACCAUGGAGUUCCCAGAUGUUGGUAAACACUGCUCCAUGAAAAACUGCAACAAGUUAGAUUUCCUUCCAAUCAAAUGUGAUGUCUGUUCAGAAAUUUUUUGUGAUGAGCACUAUUUUUAUACGAAGCAUGACUGCGCGAACGCCUACUUAAAAGACAACCAAGUGCCUGUUUGCCCCUUGUGCAAUAAACCAAUACCUGUGGGUCAGGGCCAGCAACCCGACCAGGUGGUUGGGGCUCACAUUGACAACGACUGUCAGUCAGAUCCUGCUAAAAAUAAACGCAAAGUGUUCACAAACAGGUGUUCAAGGAAAGGGUGUAAAGUGAAAGAAGUUGUGCCUGUUAUUUGUGACGAUUGUGGUCUUAAUUUUUGUCUGAAACAUCGACAUGUGCAAGAUCAUCAGUGUCAAGGAAAGAAAGGCGCUGUGAAGGAGAGGAUGCUAAAUGCUGCUUUAGCUAGACAACAAAAUGCCAAAAGCACUGCCACUACGCUUACGGAUGAAAUACAUGGAACAAUGAGUGAAGAUGAAGCUUUAGCUCGCGCCCUGGCUCUCUCAAUGCAGGAUAGUGACAAUGUAAAAACUCCCACGCAAGAAGAGAUGGAUUUGGCGCUUGCUAGGCAGCUGCAAGCGUCAGAAUAUCACGGGACUACUGCAGGAGCCAGGAGUAGUAAUAGGGACCGCUGUAUUGUAAUUUAACUAUCGCUUGUUUAUUCAAUAAGUAUACACCAAUAAUUUAUUCCUUGUCUUUAGAUUUGUACUUUUUAUGUAAUUUAUGAAUAUUACUCAAAUGAAAUGCAAUAAAUCUCAAUUACUGUUAUUUCUUUUAA